UGCCGCCGCCACCGCAGCAGCGAUUCCUCUGGGGGGAGCCAUGGCCGUGCGCGGGGUGCCGCGCCUGGCCUGGUGCCUCCGCAGAGUCGGGGCCAGCUGCGACUGGCUCUUGCUGGAGGCCGGCACGCAGGUAACUAUAGGCCGGGGAUUAGAUAUCACGUACCAGCUGGUGUCAAAAACCUGUCCCUUGAUGAUCUCUCGUAAGCACUGUAUUUUCCAGCAGAAUGCAGAAGGGCAGUGGACUGUCAAGGAUAACAAGAGUCUAAAUGGAGUCUGGCUUAACAAACAGCGCCUGGAUCCAUCAAAAGUCUAUCCUAUUGCUGAAGGAGACCGUAUCCAGUUGGGAGUGCCUUUGGAAAACAGAGAGACUGCUGAAUAUGAGUAUGAAGUAAUUAAAGAGGAAUGGGAGAAAAUUAGGCCCUUUUUAGCCCAAAGAAGUGACCUGGGGAAAGCUAAGAGUUCAAGAACUAAACGUAAAUUUAGUUCGGAGGAAUUAGAGACAUCUGGAUCAGAAGGCCCUUCGAACUCCAGAUGCAAAAGAGACAGAGUGUCCUGUGACAGUGAACCUUUGGAUAAAUCAUGGGAACGGGUAGAAGAGGCCAAACGAUUAACAGAGAAGAUGGAUAUCAAGCUGCCUGCUCCUGGACCAAGUGAGGGGGAUAGCGGUCCAGUGCAUACUAGCCCUGUUCACUCCAAGAAAGCUGUGUCUGUCCCCCAUAAGGACCAGAAAGGCUCUGGUCUUACAGAGUCAUGGACUGGCUUGAAAAUGCUGAGGAAAACUCUAGUAGAUGUAAUGAAAUUAAAGGUCAAAGUGCAGGAGAAGCAGACAGCAGUUCUGAAUGUGAAGCAGAGGCGUAGAAAGUGUGCUCAGAAGGAGAUCCUGGUAAUGGAGCAGGAGCUGCAGGAGUUGCAGGACCAACUGUGCAUGGAACAAGAACAUCAGCAGCAGCAGGUGGAAGAGCUGGAGAGGACAUUUUGUAAAGAGCAGCAGAAGCUAGAGGGAGAAAAGUGGCAACAUGGGGAAGAGAAUCUGAAGGAGCAGCUGGCCCAGGUCCUGCAAGAGCAUCAUGCUUUGAUGGAAGAGCUGAGCCGUAGCAAAAAAGACUUUGAGGAGAUAAUUCGAGCCAAGAAUAAAGAACUGGAAGAAACAAAGGAGGAGAAGGAAAAGGUGAGAGCCCAAAAAGAAGAGGUGCUGAAUCAGAUGAAUGAUGUGUUGGAGAAUGAGUUGCAAUGCACAAUCUGUUCUGAGCACUUUAUUGAGGCUGUCACUCUGAACUGUGCGCACAGCUUCUGCUCCUACUGUAUCGAUGAGUGGACGAAACGUAAAGUGGAGUGCCCCAUCUGCAGGCAGGAGAUCAAAUCAAAGACACGCUCUCUUGUGCUGGAUAACUGCAUUGACAGGAUGGUAGAAAAACUGGAUGUGGAAAUGAAAGAGCAUCGCCUGACCCUUAUCAGAAAGCGGAAAGGUGAGAGAGAAACAGAAUGUGAUGGUGAAACCAGCCACAGACAAUGACAACAAUGUCACGUCCUCCACCUACUCCAUCUUGUCGAUAAGUAGUUGUGACAGUGAGGAGUCUGAGGAGGAUUCUUACUACAAUGAAAGCUAUUACAUUAUCUGAACACUGUUACUGCGGACUUGUUUGCCUGUGUGCUGCCCAGAACCAACCUAAUGGUGUUUGGUUGAGUGCUGCUGGAGGAGCGGACUGGACACCUGGAAGCAGAGACUCUAUGAAGAGGCUGGAGCUCAGAACUAGCAGCAUUUCGAAGAAGUACCUUGUUUUUUCAAUGAAUAUACAGAAUCUUGAUCUCUGAAACAAAAUUGGGGUUGGGAGAGAGCAAACUGCUGUUAUGCUAGCUAGUUGACCUACAAACCCUAAGCUUCCAUGAUAGCUUGUGACCCGCUUGGUGUAAUGUAAUAGUUUGUAUUGCAUCAUUGCCCUUUUCCUCAGUGAAUGACAUGUUUAAAUGUGUACAUCAGCUUCCCUUAUUUCAGGCAGCAGAGGGAAUGGCCUAAGGUAUUUGAGAACUUGGCCAUCCCCACCAGCAGGCAGGAAAUUCAUAUGUCAGGAAAAAGUGCCAGGGUGGGUUUUCCCCUUGAAUUUCAUACGGCAGCUAGAGUCAUCCCAGGCCUCGGGCAGUAAAGGUAAUAAAGGGUGGGUUAUGGACCCUGUCAGCCGUAAGUGCAUUGUGAGCUGAGCUACUGGUCAUCAGCUCUCUUUUUAUGUAAUUCAUUUUCCAUUAGAUAGGGAUGAAGGAGAUUAUAUCUUCCAGAAUUCCUUAGCUAGUGCUCUUUUCAUGUAGUGUCUUUGGAUUGCUCCCUCUUCAGGCUUUUGCAUAAAGGGUUUUAGAAUUGGGAAGCAGCAAAUCCAGAAAUUAUUAGCAGUGACUUCAGAAACAUUUAGUCAGCAGCGGAGAGGAACCUCUGCCUCUUCAGAAGUGCUGCUCUCCAAAUUAUUGAAAUGUCCUGUUGGCAGGGUAGGAAAGCAGGAUCUGUAGGCAACCACAAGGCACAGAAUGAAGCACUUCAUUUUACUGUUUACAAAACAUCACUGUUGAGCUGUGGGUUAUACUAAUCUCACAGAAAAUCACUCGUCCCUAAGAGACUGAGCAAGUCUUGCCUCAUCCUAUCAUGUAUUUGUCUAUCAAGCUCCAUUUUCCAGUGGCUUAUGCUUUUGACUUAGCUGUUACGUGGAAAGGACUCAUAGAAGAUGGGGAAGCCCUUCUCAUCUGUAGUAUGUCUUCGGCUAUUUGUAUGUGCUCUUUUGUUUCUGUGUUUAUUUUGUUUAAGAACGAAAAUAUAAAUCCAUUUCUUCAUUAGUCUUCCUUUGUGCAGCCACUGAGAUGAAUGUCUUUCUCCUAGUCAUCUUUAGAUUUUUUUUUUUUUUUUUGAGAAAAGAGAGGCCAUCUCAUUUAAUGACUUUGCUUCAUGUUUUUAUUGCUGUAAGCAGUGUGGGUACUGUAAAGUUACUUGAAAGACUCUUGUAUUGAGGAACUGAUAAAAGACUGUGACUACCCUAAUACUAAUUUAGUAGGUACAAAUCAUACCUCUUACCUUCUUCCACAGGAAGAAAGAUCCCAUUAAAAAGGUGAUGCUGUCCUUAGGAAGUUAGUGCAUUCUGACAUUUGACUGGUAGGACUUAAACGGGGGGGAGGGGGGCUGAUCUGAGGGCCAGGCAACUUGCUUAAAAUUUUAGUGUAAGAUUUCUUUUGUGAAGGAGACAUUAUGUCUUGCACAUUCUUCUUUCUCUUUUAAUAUUCACUUGCUGUAUGUGCUUUUGAAAGUUUCUUUUGUGAAUAUGUGCUUUUUAGGAUGUGCAAAAGAAUGUUCCUCAAAAUGCUCAUGAAACAGGCAUUCUCAAUGAAGAGGAGUAGAAGGAAAAUACUCUGGUUACCUAGGACUGCAAAUUCUUCUACUGUGUAUCUCUUCCAUGUUUUUUUUGCUCAUUUCAUUUUGUGAAAUAUAUAUAUAUUUUAUUAUAUUGGUGUUGCAGAGAAGGAGAACGCUUGCCCGGGUAACAGAAUGGUAAUCUUUGGUGCAA